AUGAAAUACAAACACAACCGAAACAGCAAAACAACGAAGAAACGUAUGAUAUUUCACAGUGAAAUAUCAUUAGAUAUAUCAAUCAAAAGUGAUUUCAUUUUACCAAUUCAAUUCAAUCAUCUCAGUGCUGCAUUUAAUGUUCCCGAAUAUGAUAAUGCUGUUUCAACUACGAAUAAAGAACAAUUAUUUUUCGCGUCAAUGAUGUAUAAAACAUCGUCAUUUAAAUUUUCACUACAAAAUGAACAUGUUCAUCGUCUUUUAGAAGUAAGACACUUGAAACGUUUCUUUUUUAUCACACGUACAGCAGCUGUGACGUUAACUGCUGACCAUAAAUUACCAGUAUUAUUUUAUGAAUAUUAUCCAAUUAAAAUUCACAUUCAAAAUUGUGAAAAUGGUGAUAUUGUAACAGCAAAAUUAACCUGCUCUUGUGCAAACACAGAUGAAACAAAUCCAACACAAGACGACACUUUUCUGUCCUAUAAAACAGACAGUUCCAUUGAGACAACACGAACAUGUAUAAUAAAAGCAAAACUAAUCCCGAAAGAUGGUCAAGUGCGUGACAUACUCUUGUUUUAUCAUUAUUGUAAUGUGGAUUAUUGUACUUGA